AUGAUCGAUAGAAGUUAUUAACUCAACUCUUCCUAUGAUUCUUAAGUAACAUUGCCUCCAAGGAAUAAACAAUUCUCUCCUGUGGUUACACAACUUAUGAGGAAGGAUAGAGAGAUUGAAUAAAUGCGGGAUGAGUUAUCAUAAUAGAAUUAUUUGAUUGAUGAAUUAUCUCAAUAAAUCCAUUUCCUUGAACACUAACUCAGAGAUAAUGAAGGAUUCAAAGAAAAGUAUCAAUCAUUAACAGAUGAUCAAAAUUAACAACAAAAAGAUGUUCAAAAAUAAAAAGUAUCUGUCCAGACAACCACAGCCAAAGAAAUUCUGAAUUUAUUUCUAGAAUAAGAGAAACAAGGAGAGGAUAAUGUACAAUUUAAAUACAUUGAAACAGCAUCAUAUUUUAAAUCAGAAUUAUAAGAAUCUGUUAACAGAGAACUAGAAUAAAAGCAAGUGUUAGACAACUUUAUUAAGCAGUGCACUCAAAUGAAUGAAUAGAUUAUUUCAAAGAAUUAACAAAUACUUUAAUUGACUUUAGAAAAACAGGAAGAAAUACUCUCCUUACUCAUCAAAAAAGAAGAUGAAUUGUUGUUUUACAAAGAAAAAAGUAGAGUUUUCUAUGAAUUAUUGUAAUGUAACAUGGAUAUCACUAAGUUAUAUUAAAAACAAAACUAGGGAUUGAGAUAAGCUUUAAAAGGAUGUUGGACCAUUAAUCUGGACUAAUCCUAAUAAAUUGAAUCACUGAUUAAAUUAUUGGAUAAUGCACAUCUAGAACGCAAUUCCCUUUCAGUCAAACCAAUAUUAGAUCAAAUCAAAUACUGUUCUAAUUAAAACUAUUCCAAUAAAAGGAUAUCUUAAUUAGAAAUCUUUAUAGAUCAAGUAUGUUAAGUGGAAGGGAAAACUGCCUUUGAUAAGGUUUAGAAUAUAAUCCUUUAAUUAGAUUAGUAUCAAUAAAUAUGCCAAAAUGUAUAGGAUGAAAAAUAAGAAAUUAUUGAGGAGCUUCAAUUUUAUAAAAAUAAACUAAUGGAAUAAGAUGAAACAAUCAAAGAGUUUGAAAAGUUACUAACUGAGAUGGAAGCGAACUUUCAUUAGUAGCUAUAAACUCAAACAUUAUAGUUAAAUGAAAUCAAUCAAAAAAAUGAAUUGAUUGCUCAUUAUUAAUUAAUCUUAGAUGAUUACAAGUCAUAAAUGACUUAAAAAUUGGAUUAAAAGAUGAUUAAUGAAUAGCAAGGCCAGAAUUUAAACGAAUAAUCGCUGGAAGAAAUCCUAAAAAUAAUUACUAUGAUUCUCUAGGGUUAUAAUACAUUGACCAAUGAUUAUCAACUCAAUAUUGAUAUUAGUGGAAUCAAUGUGAAUAAGAAAGUACAUAUUGAUAUCAAUCCAGUCAUCCACAACUAUAUAAGCAAAAUACAAUAAUAAGUGAAUAGUUAGUUUAUGAUCACAGGCAAGAACUAUUAUGAACUAACCAAUCAUAUGGUAAAUUGCCUAUAAGUAAUGAAGCAACAACUACCUCAACAUCAAUUAAAAAACUUUAUCAAUAACGCAAGCAUUGAAUACAUAGAAAAAUUUAAUCAAAUUAGUUAUUGCUAUUUCGUAAAGCAAGAAAAACUCACUAGCUUUGAAAAGGAUCUGUAUAGAAAAUAUUACACAUACAUCCCUAGAUUGUUGGGUGAACUAAUUGAAAACUAGACAUAAACUUUCAUUAAAUUACUUAGAGAGAAAGUUUAUAAUAGUAUUAUAAGCGAUCCGAUUGUUUCAAAUAAACCAUUUUAAUCAUGA